AUGAAAUACCCGGUGGAUCUUUCUAGACAAGGAGAAGAUGAUCCAAGUCGUGUAUCAAGUGAAGAGCUUGUUUUGCUACGAACAAAGAGGCAAACAAUAGAAGCCCUACAAUCUUCCUGCAAAGCUGUAGAAAAAUUUUGGCAGGUAUGGCAGACUCAUUACCUGACAUCAUUGCGAGAAAAACAUCAAAGAGAAGUAGGGAAGAAAAAAGCCGUGUACUUUGACGAAGUAAUGAUUUCCGAUCCAAUCCAACUUAGGCGGACGUGGAAGCUUGGACGAAUUACUGAACUAGUCAGUAAUUCUAGCGGAAUCACCAAAGAAGCAGUAUGCUGCCUUCACACCAUAAAAUCUUCAGAUCGAGGUACCAGAUACGGACGCAGUAGGAAGCACGGCGACUGCAGAGAAGAUACACAAAAACAGUACAAUCUUCGUCCCAAUCGCAAGAAAAAACUACAACGAAACCUUACUGCGGCCGAACUCGAGGGAGAAAGCACGUUCCUCGUAACAAUCCUAAACAUCGCCAGUCCUCAAGCAAAGUUUCUGGAACCCCAACUGCAAGCAAUACUGAACUCUCUGCACAGACAACUCAAUGUGGCUACUACCCAACGACUCGACCAGACGACACUUCAGACGGAACCAAGUUUUGAAGAAGCAUCUGUAAAAGACCAGUUGUCCGUAACCAACACCUCCUUGCGCAACGCGAUGCUGACAAAAGAAAAAAUUUUGGGACUUGGGACAUGGCACAUCUUAACGGAUAGAAUCUACGAUCGACAAGUUCAGGCUGGCCUUAUCCCUCGAGCAAGACUUUUCAGUGGCUAG